AUGGUAACCAGACGGCUCCCAUCUCGGCUGGAGCCCUCGCACCCGGCUGGCCACCCACCGCUCCGGCGGGCACCCCCAGCCCCCGUGCAGGGCCGGCCGCUCUCCUCGCCCGGCCUGCGGCACCCUCCUCCCCCCACCCCAUCCUCGGUCCCUGAUCCCCAGGGGUGGGGGGCAGGCUCUCCCUGCUGUUCUGCCCUGCCCCUCAUCUCCUGCCCCCUCUCAGCAUGUCCACAGACCCACACCCCUCCUGGCCCACCAGCCCUGCCCGGAGACCCCCGAUGGGACCCAUGCCAGCCCCUCCCCACGGCCCGGGACCCUACGGGACUGUCCCUCCCGUGGCCUCCGAGGCGGCUUCCUUCUGGGCCCAGCGGGAUAAACACAGGAAACAGGAUUAGCAAGGAAGGGGAAGCGGCCCCCGAAAAGGCCUCUGCGGGCCGGGCUGGGUCGGAAAUACCUAUCCUUGAGAAACAGCUGGCGUCGUGGACCAGGGACAGCCUUCCCGGCCGGGGCCGCAAAGAUGGGGGCGGUCAGGAGGGAGUGGGGGGGUGCAGGGAGAUGGGCCCUGCUGGGUCGUGGAGCCCACCGCAGAGCGGGACUGGGGUGGAGCCUGGGCUGGGGUAUGGUGGGGGUAUCCCUAGAGAGGCGGCCACCCCAGCAGGACGAACGACAGUGGGGAGCACGGCGCUGACGGCCCCGCGAUGGCCUCACCCCCAGCACCCGGGACCUGUGGCCCCGCCGGCCGGCACACUCCAUCUGCGGGGGGCACGGGACCCUCUUGCAGUUGCAGCAGCUGCUCUUCCUGCCGGCCUGAAGCCAGCAUGGCUGGUGGUGGCCUGGGUCCCCCGCCCCAACCUGCUUCCCUCCCUGCGGCCCCCUCGACCUCCCGGGGUCGAGGCCUUGGCUGUGGGCGUCUCCCGGGUGUGCACCUCUGGCCGGAGUCUGAGAGGCCUGGGAGCCCCACCCAGCUGCCCGGGGCCAUAA